GCGUCAUGACGCAGAUCUGAAAGCGUCAGCUGAAUAUAAAGGCGCGCUGCGGCAUGACGCGUCCUUCUCCCCUGCCUGUCCCCACCAGCGGAAGGCAGCGUGCUCUCUGUUCCAGUUCCAGUGCUGAGUGAAUCGAGAAACAUCUGUCAAAAUGGUGAACUUCACAGUCGACCAGAUCCGUGCCAUCAUGGACAAGAAGUCCAACAUCCGUAACAUGUCCGUGAUUGCGCACGUGGAUCACGGUAAAUCUACACUGACCGACUCUCUGGUGUCCAAGGCUGGAAUCAUCGCUUCCGCCCGCGCCGGAGAGACCCGCUUCACUGACACACGCAAAGACGAGCAGGAGCGCUGCAUCACCAUCAAAUCCACCGCCAUCUCCAUGUACUACGAGCUGACUGAGAAUGACAUGGCCUUCAUUAAGCAGUGUAAGGAUGGGAUGGGUUUCCUCAUUAACCUGAUCGACUCUCCCGGCCACGUGGACUUCUCCUCUGAGGUCACAGCCGCUCUGCGUGUCACCGAUGGAGCUCUGGUUGUGGUGGACUGCGUCUCUGGUGUGUGCGUGCAGACCGAGACGGUGCUGAGACAGGCCAUCGCCGAGCGCAUUAAGCCCGUGCUGAUGAUGAACAAGAUGGACCGGGCCCUGCUGGAGCUGCAGCUAGAGCCUGAGGAGCUGUACCAAACCUUCCAGCGCAUCGUGGAGAACGUCAACGUCAUCAUCUCCACCUACGGAGAGGACGAGGGUGGACCCAUGGGUAGCAUCAUGAUUGAUCCAGUCAUCGGUACUGUGGGUUUUGGUUCCGGUCUGCACGGCUGGGCCUUCACUCUAAAGCAGUUUGCCGAGAUGUAUGUGGCCAAGUUUGCUGCUAAAGGUGAUGGUCAGCUGGGCCCAGCUGAACGCUGUAAGAAAGUGGAGGACAUGAUGAAGAAACUCUGGGGUGACAGAUACUUUGACCCAGCCACCGGUAAAUUCAGCAAGACCGCAAACGGCCCCGAUGGAAAGAAACUGCCCCGCACCUUCGCCCAGCUCAUCCUGGACCCCAUCUUCAAGGUGUUCGAUGCCAUCAUGAACUUCAAGAAGGAAGAAACCGCCAAACUGAUUGAUAAGCUUGAAAUCAAGCUGGACGCCGAGGAUAAGGAUAAAGAAGGCAAGCCCCUGCUGAAGGCCGUGAUGCGUCGCUGGCUGCCCGCCGGAGAAGCUCUGCUUCAGAUGAUCACCAUCCACCUGCCCUCUCCCGUCACGGCCCAGAAGUACCGCUGCGAGCUGCUUUAUGAAGGACCUGGAGAUGAUGAAGCUGCCAUGGGUAUCAAGAACUGCGACCCGAAGGCUCCCCUCAUGAUGUACAUCUCAAAAAUGGUGCCGACCACCGAUAAGGGCCGCUUCUAUGCUUUCGGCCGUGUGUUCUCUGGUGUCGUGUCCACUGGGCUGAAAGUGAGAAUCAUGGGACCAAACUUCACCCCUGGGAAAAAAGAGGAUCUUUACCUGAAACCCAUCCAGAGGACCAUUUUGAUGAUGGGACGUUAUGUCGAGCCCAUUGAAGACGUGCCAUGCGGUAACAUCGUGGGUCUGGUUGGCGUGGACCAGUUCUUGGUGAAGACAGGGACCAUCACGACCUUCGAGCAGGCCCACAACAUGCGUGUGAUGAAGUUCAGCGUCAGCCCUGUGGUCAGAGUGGCGGUGGAGGCCAAGAAUCCUGCCGACCUGCCCAAACUAGUGGAGGGACUCAAACGCCUGGCCAAGUCCGACCCCAUGGUGCAGUGCAUCAUUGAGGAGUCUGGAGAGCACAUCAUCGCUGGCGCUGGAGAACUUCACCUGGAAAUCUGCCUUAAAGAUCUGGAGGAAGACCAUGCGUGCAUUCCACUUAAGAAAUCAGACCCUGUUGUGUCAUACAGAGAGACGGUCAGUGCAGAAUCAGACCAGAUGUGUUUGUCCAAAUCCCCCAACAAGCACAACCGUCUGUACAUGAAGGCCAGGCCGUUCCCCGACGGUCUCGCUGAAGACAUCGACAAGGGCGAGGUGACGUCCCGUCAGGAGCUCAAGGCCCGCGCCCGUUACCUGGCCGACAAAUACGAGUGGGAGGUCACAGAGGCCCGUAAGAUCUGGUGCUUCGGACCUGACGGAACCGGACCCAACGUCCUGGUGGACGUGACCAAGGGAGUGCAGUACCUGAACGAGAUCAAGGACAGCGUUGUGGCUGGAUUCCAGUGGGCCACUAAAGAGGGUGUGCUGUGCGAGGAGAACAUGCGUGCCGUCCGUUUCGACAUCCAUGACGUCACACUCCACACAGACGCCAUCCACCGCGGCGGUGGCCAGAUCAUUCCCACGGCCCGCAGGGUUCUGUACGCCUGUCAGCUCACAGCCGAGCCCAGACUCAUGGAGCCCGUCUACCUGGUGGAGAUUCAGUGCCCAGAGCAGGUGGUCGGCGGCAUCUACGGCGUGUUGAACAGAAAACGAGGACACGUGUUUGAGGAGUCUCAGGUCAUGGGAACGCCCAUGUUUGUCGUUAAGGCCUUCCUGCCUGUCAACGAGUCUUUCGGUUUCACAGCUGACCUGCGCUCCAACACCGGCGGUCAGGCCUUCCCUCAGUGCGUGUUCGACCACUGGCAGAUCCUGCCUGGUGACCCCCAGGACGCCCAGUCCAAACCUUUCCAGAUCGUCGGUGACACGCGCAAACGCAAGGGCCUGAAAGAGGGCAUCCCGGCACUCGACAACUACCUGGACAAGUUAUAAACGGCUGAAGGACACGUCUACCCCUGUAGCCCAACCUCGGCGCUUUAUUCUCAUUCGUGUUUCAUUCCUUCCCUCCUGCACUCGCUUCCUUCCCUCAGAGUACAUGAGAGGGACUGGAUGGUACAGGGCACAAACAUAUGACACACUUCUCACAUGCAAACAGGAAAGUCAAGUGGAUUAUGUAAAUCUAAAAGAAAAUAAAAAUGGAAAAUUA